CAAACAUAUUCUGACAAGGAGAGCAACCGAUUGCGAUUUUUAGUAUAACAGGUCAGCAUUUGACUCUAAACACCUGUAUUUUUCCUUACCUGGUCCUGUCCAAGCCGUCAAGGUCUUUGCAUAAAUCCAGUUCUACAAAGGCUAAACGUUAUGCAGUUAAACAUCGCGAAAGGAGCCCUACUUCUUGGAAUUGUAGGCCUAAUGUUUAGCGCGGAUGUAAUGAGUAUGUUUGGGGGUGCUCGAGUGCAAAGUCCCAUAGAUCCAGAUGGUGGCCUUUCGCUGGGUGGACGGGUGCAUAUCUCCUUCUGCAGUAGCUGAGGAAUGCGUGGCGCGUUCGGUCAAGUCCAACAGCUCGUCCGAACGCGUUUUCCCGGGGUUGAGGUUCACGGUACCACGUACCCCUUGCCGGCAUGGAAGAGGCCGCUGGUCACGGCGGCUAGGAGCAUACAGAUGACGGCCUUGGCGUUCUGCAUAGCUGGAGACCACAUUUUCAGGCAGCUCGGAAUGCAGCCAGUGGCUUGGUACACGCAGAACGUGGCAUCCAACCGGCCCGGUGCCGUGAUGGGCGUCUGGUUCGUAGGCAACAUGCUGAUUACUAACCUUCAGAACACGGGGGCGUUUGAAAUAUACUUUGACGGACAGCUGAUCUUUUCCAAGCUGGCGGAAGGUCGCAUGCCCACAAUGGCAGAGCUUUUGGGCCCUAUGGAGGCCUACUUUGCAACGGGGGCUGGCGGUGGGUCCAGGACGGCGAUGACCGACGCAGCAGCAGCAGCUGUUAGGGCCGGAGGUAACGCUCCACGGGAUUCCCGGGCGAGACCGGCUGGCAACGGCGCAGGGGUAGUGGCUCCGGAACCAGACCACGACGGGGAGCUUUAGCACACACAUGGCAAUGAACUCCUUGAGGAGAGAAGACUACUUAAUGUGAAGCACCCAUUGCUCCGUGGAGGAUGCUGCUGGCGGGAGAGCGGGACACAGGGUGGUAGUGGCAGUGGCGUGUCGGGCGGCGUGUGUAGGGCAGGGAAAAGGCUCCGGAUGACGGCGGGCGGCCGAACCUAACGACCCACGGGUCGUUGGAGGCGCUUCACCUGAUCGGGUACGUGGAGUUCUUUUCCUGUUUUUUUCCUACAGACGCACACACUUGUGGCACAGCACGGCUCGAUGCUGGCUCAUGGCGUAAUGGUCCUGCGUGUCUUGCUGCCAGGGAUUGAGGUGGUGGUUCUUAGUAGUAGAAUCUCCCUACACCCCCAAAAGUGUUUUCCGGGAGUGCUAGUCUUUUGAGUGGGAUGUGGUGAGAGACGAAAGAGAUGCAUAGAUAUUACACCGGGCUGACGCUCGGCGUUGCCUGCCGAUGCACGACGAGAAGCUCAAGUUGUGCAGCCAUAGCCUGCUGGAUUUAAUCUUCGUUGGUUUUAAUUAUAAAAAU